AUGGCCCUCUACCACAUCGUCCUCUUCCGCCUCAAGCCCGGCGUCACCAAGGCACAACUGAAUCAGUGGACCAGCGUGGCAAAUGGCAUGGUCGGCCAGGUUCCCGGACUCCGCCAACUUAAGGCCGGCACUCCCCUCGCGGCCACUGCUGCCCGGGCCAAGGGCUUUGAUAUGGGACUAGUGGCCAUCCUGGAGAAGCCGGACGACUUACCGACUUAUGCGGCGCAUCCGGCGCAUCUGGAGGUGCAAAAACUCCGGGAGGAGCUGUGUGAGGAUACAUUGGUGUAUGACUUGGAGUUUUGA